UACAAUACUAUAUUUUGAGUUAAUAAAUAUAAACUUUUGUUACGAGUUAUUUGUUUUUAAUUAUUGAAUUAAAAAUGCGUUUCAAAUCAACAAUCUUAAAAGUUUCUGAGGAUCAAUCUGUUGUUUGCAUUGGUUGGACUGGAAACGAUGAAAUUAUAAUUGGAAGAAAUGAUUCAACGUUAUCAAAAUGGAGCCAAACCACAAAAGAAAGUAUUAAAUUGUGCGAUUUUUCUGAUGAGUCGUCGUAUCCUAUAGAUUUACAUAUAUUAUCUAGUACUCAGAGGCUCACAAACAAAACAGCAGGGAUUGAACAAAUUCUUAUAACUUCAUCUAAUGGUAAGUUACAUUUAAUGAGCAAACCCACUAAAAUUGAUAAAACCGUAGACGCCCAUGAAGGUAACGUAACGGUCGGAAAAUGGAGUCCUGAUGGUUCUACUUUAUUAACAGCUGGCGAGGAUGGAUCUAUAAAGAUAUGGUCUCGUAUCGGCAUGUUGAGAACAAAAUUGGUCGUAAAUGCUGAGCCAAUAUUAUCGGCCGACUGGAAUUUCGAUUCAUCCAAAAUUGUAUAUACUCAACAUGAUACGCUUUGUAUUAAAUCAUUAAAAGCGAAUAUAAAAACAAUUAGAAUUCGAGGCCAUAGUGAUCUUAUACUCAAAGUAUCAUGGUGUAGAGCUAACGAUUUAAUUGUAUCAGGAGGCGAAGAUUGUUACUAUAAGAUUUGGGAUUCAUAUGGAAAUUCUGUAUUUGUGAGCGAAAAACUCACACAUCCAGUAACAUCUCAUUGUUGGAAGUCUGAUGGAAAUUUGUUAGUUGUUAGCUUUUUCAAUACAAUUUUAAUUUGUAAUCAAUACGGAGUAGUCCUAUCAACAGAUUAUGUUGAUUGUGGAAGUAUUUGUACGCUUUGUUGGUCACCGGAUAGUACUCAAGUAGCUGCUGUGUGCGCUAAUGGAAGACUAAUGGUUUCUACAUUGGUUGAAAGAAGUAUUUCGAGACGGAAUUUUCAUUGUUUGAUCACGUCGCGGAAAACAAUGGCCGUUAAGGACAUAUUAAACGAAACCAAAGAAAAACUUGAUUUCCCUGAACGUAUCGUUCAUGUAGCUAUGGAAUACAGCCAUUUAUUAAUCACCACUUGCACGCAGUGUUUUGUUUAUCAAAUGCCCAAUCUUAACACUCCGCAGAUUAUCAAUUUAAAAGACACAAACGUGUUUAUGAUAAUUUUGACUGAAAAGUAUUUUGGUUUAUUAUCAAUAAGCCGAGUCGAUAUUUACACAUAUGACUGUAAAUUGGUUUCGUCUCCUAAAUGGCCAAAUAUGCAAUGUGACGUAGUUCAAAGAAAUCACGUAUCCAUAUCUGAUCAUCUAUUGGCUGUAAGAGAUCAAAUAAAUGACAAAAUGAUACAUGUUUUCGAAAUAGCGCCGUUGAUUUCGUUACCUACAAUUAAACACGAAUUUACAAUUACUGAUGUUCAGUUAAUGACUACCAAGUUUCAAGAUAAACGUUAUUUGGCGUUAAUCGAUUCGAAUAUGAACAUAUUUAUCGUCCAUAUAGGGCAUAAAGACUGUGCUAAAUCCUACAAGCUUGGUUCAAUGUUUCAUAGCAUGUGCUGGAACAGUCAAACAGAAUCACUGGCUGCGUUGCAAUAUACAAAUUUAAUAGUGUGGUAUGAUCCUUUACUUUUACUGAAUGAUCAAAUCCUUGUCCGGAAGUCGCUAGAAAAAAAUGACUUAAGUUUUUACGGUAACAAAUUAAACAUUGAGUCAUACGAAGACAAUAUGGUGAGUUUGAUCAACACAGACGGCGUAAAAAUAUUCGUCCAAGUAUCUCCUUAUCUGAAAGUUAUGAAGAAUUACAUCGGUGCGAGUAAAUGGAUGGAAUGUCGAAUCGUAUGCCGAGACGUGAAGAAUGAAGCGAUGUGGGCACUUCUGGCCGGUUCUGCUGUGUUGGCAAAACAGCUCGAUACUGUCGAAGAGUGUUUUCUUGCUAUCGGGCAAAUAGAGCGAGCGACAUUUAUUCAACACAUAAAGACGAUAUCUAACAGAACAGUUCAGGAGUCAUCACUAGCUCUACUAUCUGGAAAAAUAACAGAAGCCGAAUCCAUUUUACUCAGAAACGGAUUCACAUUUAAAGCUAUUAUGUUUAAUAUCCAAAUACAUAACUGGAGUAGAGCUUUGGAAUUAGCAGUUAAACAUAAGAAGUAUCUAAACAUGGUAAUUUAUAAACGAAGAAAUUAUUUAGAAUUUUACAAAAAAGAAGAAACAAAUGAAAAGUUUUUAAAAUACUCUAAUAUUGAAAUUGAUAAUGACGAGAUAUUGAAGGAAAUUGAAGAAGAAGAAAAGCAACGUUCGUAAAAUAAAAAAUAUUUAAUAUAAUGUAUGAAAUAUAAA